ACUAGCUCACUAGCUCUCCAAUUUCAAUAUCUGAGUAGAAAACCCUAAAUUUCCGGUAACCGAAACCCUAACUCCCCCAAUCUCCUUCCUCCAUGGCACCUAAGCGCCCGUCUCCCUUGGACGAACCGCCGGCCGCUUCUUCAUCGGAGGAAGAGGAAGAAGCCUCGUCCGAAGAAGAAGGAUCCGGAUCCGGAUCCGAGGAGUCCGAAUCCGAUGCCGAAGCAACCGAGCCGCAAAAGACCACCUCGUCCGCGCAAGCAACUCCCGAGAAGAAGCCGCAAGCGAAGAAGCCGGAAUCCGCGGCGGCAAAGCCUCAGUCUUCUUCCUCCGGCGAGACCGAAACCGAGUCUGAAUCGGAAUCCGACGGCGACACACUCGCCCAGCGCAGAGUCAAUGUCAAGCCGAUCGCGUCCAAGCCCAUGGAGGAGGUGACGCCGCCGCCGAAGGCCACCAAGCCCAGAUCGAAGCCGUCGGCUUCUUCUCCUCCGGCGACGGCGAAAUCCGGUACGAAGCGGCCGGGCGGCGAGAGCGAGUUGGUUAAGGACUCGAAGAAGGCUAAGAAGAAGGGAGAUGAUCCAGAGGAGGAUGGUGUGGAAGAGGAAUCGAAGAAAUCGAAACUGUUUCAGAGGCUUUGGAGCGAUGAAGAUGAGAUUAUCAUUCUGAAAGGGAUGAAUGAGUACAAAACGAAGAAAGGGGUGGACCCUUAUGCUGACAUGACUGCAUUUCAUGAGUUUAUCAAGAAAUCGCUGAAGGUGGAUGUUACUAAGAUCCAAUUGCAAGAUAAGAUUAGGAGGAUGAGGAAGAAGUUUGAGAACAAUGUGAAGAAGAAGCACAAGCCGACUAAGGCUCAUGACUCGAAGACUUUUGAGUUGUCGAAGAAGGUGUGGGGAGGUGGUGAAGGGGGUGAAGAUAUAACUGGGCAGGUUACUAUUGCUUCUUUUGGGAAGGGGGAACAGCCCAAGUCUAAUGGGAAGGCUAAGGGUAAUCAGAAGAGUAACAGCAAGACUUUGGCUGCUCUGAAAGCUGAGCUGUUGGCGUCGCCGGAGACUACAAAGGAAGAUGAGAAGAGUGAAGCUUUGCUGAGACCACGUGCAUCAGAUAGUGUGUUGAGUGAGGUUAUUGGGUUUCAUAAGGGUUUCAAAGAGUUGGGGUUGUCGGAGACUAUUGUGAAGCAGGGUAUGGAAUUGAUUGGUGGAUCAAAGCGUGCUGAUUUGGAGGAUAGGUGGAACAAGCUGCAUGUUGCUGAAUUGGAGCUUUUUGUUCAGAGGACUGAGCUCAUGAGAGAUCAGGGCAAGUUGAUCUUGGAGGCCUUCAAGAAAUCAGACCAUUAGAAUGGUGGUCAGGUACCCUAUAAAUCAAGAUGAACUAGAAAGCUCUUGUUUUAGGUUAUGUUAUCCUGUUUAGGUGUCAGUCUACUUGUAGCAAGUAUCUGCAUAAUUUGUCUAUUUUUGCUCGGAUAGAACUUGCCAUUGUUGUGCUCCUCUAGGUGAACUGGUGAAGUGAUUUGCCAUAAGUUAAUGUUAAUUUUAAUUUGUGUGGUAAUAA